AAACUGAGGUCGCACGUCACGUUUGAGGAAGCAAGCAGAGCUGAGGUUUCAAUUGUCAUUGAUUUCGGGUUGAGAGGAAAGGAAUUUCUUGAGGCAUUUGGAUUGUGGUUUGAACGUGUCGAGGUCUGGGACUCAAAGUGGAACGAAAGAGCAUACUUCAGCACAAGAAAAGUAAAACUCGACCACAAGUGUCUUUCCAUGGCUGUCCUUGUACAGGAAGUGAUAAAUGCGGACUAUGCUUUUGUCAUCCACACAACCAAUCCGUCCUCUGGAGAUGCAUUAGAAAUAUAUGCUGAGGUGGUAAAGGGGCUCGGAGAAACACUCGUCGGAGCUUAUCCCGGAUGUGCUUUGAGUUUUAUGAGCAAAAUACAUUAUUUGAACUCCCCUCAGAUCUUGGGAUAUCCUAGCAAACCUAUUGGCCUGUUCAUUAGAUGGCCAAUUAUUUUUUUAUCUGAUUCCAAUGGUGAAAACCUAGAAGGUUAUGCUGGAACUGGCCUCCGACAGGUAAACCUUUGCCUUUCAUACCACUUCUUCGAUGUUUCAUUUAAUUAACAUAAAUUUAGUGAAAAAAUGCCUCCAAACUAUUUCAUUUUAUUCCAAAUUAUGAAUGAAGUGAGUCACCAUUUCUGCCAAAAUUUGGAUUAAAGAUGCAGAAUUCAAAAUUAAUUGAACGUGGUAUUUAAUUAGCUUUAAGUUCAUGUGAGGUGGAUUUCUGCUAUGAUAAUCAAAGACAUGCUAUGUAAUUCUAGUUGAGAGAGUGAAUUUUAGUUGCCAGUUACGAAAAUUUCUAAAUAUGUUUUGUGUCCUCUUGUUGAUUUUGCUAUUUCUGAAUUGCAUAUUUUGAUUGUUGUAUGAGCUUAUUGUUCUUUUUUAUUUU